CUACGGCUGCUUCUUGUCACUCUCUCUGAGCGGCUGUGCUGUUCGAGCAUUCACCGAGAGCGGCUAGGACCAAUACCACUACGCCACUGCCUGACGCUGCGCUACUUGGAAAAUAUUUAUUAAAAUCCGACAAAAACACCAAACUCGUCCAUCCAAAUCCACCAGCCCGCAUUCUUCUAGGAGAAUACGUCUGGAAGAGAUUGCAAUGCUUCAAACAAGGGACCUCAUCUGGGCUCUGCUCUUCUUUGGUUAUGCAGCCUCGCUGCAGGUGGAAAUCACUCCAUCCCAGGGGGAGAUCAGUGUGGGAGAGUCCAAAUUCUUCUUCUGUGGAGUGGUUGGCGAAGUGAAGGAGAUCUUGUGGUUCGCUCCGAGCGGUGAGAAGAUCCUCCCCGGCCGCCCGGACAUCAGUGUGGCCGUGGCUGACGAGACCUCCUCCACCCUCACCAUCUACAACGCCAACGUGGACAACGCCGGCAUCUACAAGUGUGUGGCCAAGAACGGCGACCAGGAAGCGCAGUCUAGCGUCAACGUCAAAAUCUUCCAAAGAAUCACCUUUCAGAACGCUCCGUCGCCCCAGGAGUUCAACGAGGGGGACGACGCCGACAUCGUGUGUGAUGUCGUCAGCUCUCCUCCCCCAACCGUCAUCUGGAAGUACCAGAACCAGAGGAUUCAGCUAGAGAAGGAUGUUCGCUUUAAGAUCCUGAGUAACAAUCACCUUCAGAUCCGCGGCGUUAAGAAGACGGAUGAGGGCUCCUAUACCUGCGAGGCUCGCAUCAUGGCCCGUGGAGAGAUCGACCUCAGGAUGGUCAAGGUCGUCGUCAAUGUUCUGCCCAGUAUCCGUACUCGUCAGUCGGAGAUGAAUGCCACAGCUGACAUCGGGCAGUCUGUCACGCUGGCGUGUGACGCAGACGGCUUCCCUGAGCCCGCCGUCACCUGGGCACGCAGUGGCGUGGUGCUGGAGGAAGAUGCCAAGUACACGUUGAAUGAUGACGGCUCUGAGCUGGUCAUCAGUGACGUAAAGAAGGUGGAUGAGGGAGACUACAGCUGCAUUGCCACCAACAAGGCCGGCAGGAAGGAGGAGGAGGUCAGCCUCAACGUCUUCGUUCAGCCCAAGAUCACGUUCCUGGAGAACCAGACGGCGUCGGAGCUGGACGAGCAGAUCACCCUGACGUGCGAGGCCACGGGGGACCCCACACCCACCAUCGUCUGGAGCUUCGGACGCCACGUCUUCAACGAGGGCGAGCAGGCCUCAUGGACACGACCCACCAAGCAUAAGAGUCUGGAUGGGAAUGUGGUUGUGAGGAGUGAUGCCCGUGUCUCCUCGCUCACUCUGAAGUUCGUCCAGUUCACAGACGCCGGACAGUACCUCUGCUCCGCACGAAACAACAUCGGACGCGCCGACCAGAGCAUGUACCUGGAGGUCCACUACGCCCCUAAGAUACAGGGCAGGGUGGCACUGUACACGUGGGAAGGCAACGCUGCCAACAUCAGCUGUGAGGUGCUGGCGCACCCGGUGGCAUCAGUGGUCUGGUACCGCGACGGCCAGGUGCUCCCCAGCGCCAACACCACCAACGUCAAGAUCUACAACACACCUGCUGUCAGCUACCUGGAGGUCCUGCCGGAUUCUCAGAAUGACUUUGGGAGCUACAACUGCACAGCCUCCAACAGCAUGGGCACUGAGUCCAAAGAGUUCCUGCUCAUCCAAGCUGAGGUGCCCUCUGUGCCGUCCAUCGAGCGGGUGGAGCCCUACUCCAGCACGGCACUGGUGGAGUUCGACGAGCCGCUCUCAGACGGAGGCGUACCUGUGCUCAGGUACAAGGCAGAGUGGAGGGCUGGAGGAGCGGAGUGGACCACCCGAGAGUACAGCGCCCACGACGGCCUGAGCGUGAUCACCAUCCAGGGCCUGCGUCCGGAGACGGUGUACGAGCUGAGGCUGGCAGCCAGCAACGGGAAGGGCCAGGGAGAGAGCAGCCCAGUGGAGACCUUCAGGACCCAGCCCGUCCGCUUUCCUUUCACAAAUGGCAUACCCUUUCAUUACUCCAGCUCCAACACAGUGUCCCCGGCGACGCCCACCCCCAUCCCUCCCAGCAGCCCGGCCCUUAAAGGGGAACCCAACCCUCCCAAACUUGAGGGGAAGCUGCAGACCAAAGGCAACUCUGUGAAGGUCUACUGGGUGAAGCAGGACGACGGCGGCUCUCCCAUCAAGCACUACCUCGUGCGCUACAAAGCUAAGCUGGGUAACGACUGGCGCCCUGAGAUCCGUCUGCCCCACAUCAGUGAGUACGUGGUUCUGAGCAGCCUGGACUGGAACACGGAGUACGAGGUCCACGUGGUGGCCGAGAACCAGCAGGGGAAGUCUCAGCCCAGCGUCCUGUCCUUCAGGACCUCCCCCGAGCCCACCACCAUCCCAGGCAUGCUGGCAGAGAGCUCUGGGCUGGGCACAGGGGCGAUCGUGGGCAUCCUGGUGGUGGUGUUCCUGUUGCUUCUGGCGGGCGUGGACAUUACCUGCUACUUCCUCAACAAGUGCGGCCUGCUCAUGUGCAUCGCCGUCAACUUCUGCGGCAAGGCCGGCCCUGGAGCCAAGGCCAAGGACAUGGAGGAGGGCAAGGCUGCCUUCACUAAGGAUGAGUCAAAAGAGCCCAUUGUGGAGGUGCGGACAGAAGAGGAUCGCACCCCAAACCAUGAAGGAGGGGGACCCCUGGAGCCCAACGAAACUACCCCGCUGACCGACCCUGAUGGGAAGAUCGUGACGGACGACAAGAAAGCGGAGGAGAAGACGGGCGAGCCGAAGGCCCCCUCCCCAUCGGAGGUGAAGGCCGUCCCUAACGAAGCCCCCCAGUCCAACGGGAACGAGAGCAAGGCGUGAGGAGCCCCCCCCCCCCCCCCGCACCACGCCAACGCCCACGCCUGCCGCCGUCUGCCGUCACCGCAAAACAACAACGCUCAAAAGAUCCACAUUUAAGAGAAAAAAGGGUUUCUGUCUUCUGUGUCUUCUAUGAUUUCUCAGAGUGAAGGAUGAGUUUUGUAGAUUUGUAGAAUGCAUAAAAACCUUCAUAUUUUUGUUUUCCCUUUGAGUCACAUUGUUCCAUGUGUUUUUGUCAGCUAUCACCGAGAUCAAGCCUUCUUUGAUACCUGUAGGGAUUUUCUUUGGCUUUCUACACACACACACUCACACACGCACACACACACACACACACACAAACACACGUGUUCACCGAUGUUCACAGCAUGUGUGUAUGUAAAACCAUCACUAUAUCAGACUAAGUAGAAAACUAUGGGGACUUUUAGCUUUACACCUCAACAAUGCCUUUAUAUUGUACACAUUACACGCGAACCGGAAGGGUUCAGAUGCAUUUUUCAACAACAGUUCUGCUUCACAUGCAAAAUUGCGUAAUUAUUUCCACUUUCUAAUGUAUUGGUCAUUUGUGUGUUUAAAUUUGUUUUUAUUUCUGGGAUACAUUUGUAAUAUUCUCUUAUGUUCAAAUAAUGUACAAAAGUAACUGCCUCUUAUUGUAUGAUUCUGUUUGAUGUGUUAGUGUCAGGCAUAGCGCUAGCAUGUUAGCAUGCCUUACUGCUUUAAGCUGCCAUACUUCUCUCUCUCUCUCUCUCUCUCUUUCUGUCUCUCUCUCUCUCUCUCUCUCUCUCUCUCUCUGUCUCUCCAUUCUUUAGCUCGUGAAUGUUUACAGCGUCCCACUCCUUUUGGUUUCAGCCUCGUUGAGUCUGAGCUUGCUUUGCUUUUUUGUUGUCUUGACAAAAGAAGCAGACACGAAUGCAGAUUCUGUAUCAUUCUACAGGAGAGCAGGUGAAGAUGGCUAGGGUCAGACACUUUACCACUGAAAGAAGACUUCUAUUUUGGUUUAUUUUUCUUACUAGAGUAACUAGUGUAUGUAUUCCGCCGAUCCCCGCUCACCUCACUGUCUCAUCACGAAACACCGUACCAAUCAAACACAUAGGUUCAUCACCGACACACCGUACCAAUCAAACACAUAGGUUCAUCACCGAAACACCGUACCAAUCAAACACAUAGGUUCAUCACCGACACACCGUACCAAUCAAACACAUAGGUUCAUCACCGAAACACCGUACCAAUUAACAUAUGUUCUCCAUUUGAUGUCAUUCUUUUCACUCUCAUGUUUUCUUGUCUCCAUGUGGUCUCGUUUCAUCAGAUCCCCUCUUGCAGGGCUCGUUUCUCAUUUCUGGAGCACCUCUCUAAGUCCUAAGCCCACAUUAAAGGCCAGGUCUGCUCACCUCUCUGUACUAAGCCCACAUUAAAGGUGAGGUCUGCGCACCUCUCUAAGCCCACAUUAAAGGUGAGGUCUGCUCACCUCUCUAAGCCCACAUUAAAGGUGAGGUCUGCGCACCUCUCUAAGCCCACAUUAAAGGUGAGGUCUGCUCACCUCUCUAAGCCCACAUUAAAGGUGAGGUCUGCACACCUCUCUAAGCCCACAUUAAAGGUGAGGUCUGCGCACCUCUCUAAGUCCUAAGCCCACAUUAAAGGUGAGGUCUGCGCACCUCUCUAAGUCCUAAGCCCACAUUAAAGGUGAGGUCUGCGCACCUCUCUAAGGCCCACACUAAAGGUGAGGUCUGCUCACCUCUCUGUACUAAGCCCACAUUAAAGGUGAGGUCUGCGCACCUCUCUAAGUCCUAAGCCCACAUUAAAGGUGAGGUCUGCGCACCUCUCUAAGUCCUAAGCCCACAUUAAAGGUGAGGUCUGCGCACCUCUCUAAGCCCACAUUAAAGGUGAGGUCUGCGCACCUCUCUUAAGGCCUAAGACCACACUAAAGGUGAGGUCUGCUCAUGGUGUGAUAUCCACAGCAGCGCUUGUGUGUGUGUGUGUGUGCGCGUGCGUGCGUGUGUGUGUGUGUGCGCGCUGUUGGAGAGCUCUGGUGCACCUCCAGGGUCUCGGGUGACAGACAGUCCCCGGCAGAGACAGCAGCCCCUGGGUAUGAUAAAGCAGAGGAACGCCCUCAGUAACCUCGUUCCUGAUUGAUCAGGGCUGUGAAUUUCUUCUCUGCGACGUGUAAUAACAACUCUCCCCAUUGGCUAAAUCCAGAUUUGAUGUCAAAUGUGCCUCUUCUGGGGCAAACCAAACAGUUGUUUUUCCAUUCCAAGGUUCCAUACAUGGUGCCUAUUGUAGUGUGUAGUCCAGUGUGUUGUUUCAUGCAUUUCAGAUUAGAAUCAGCAGCGGAAUUAGUCUCAUUUAAGCCAUAGUGUGCUGCAGUGUGGAAUCAGCACGUUUUGUACAGGUUGUCCUUCUUUAGGCUGCCAGCUUGUCUCUGUGGAUGCGUGAACAUAUUAGUGUGAAAUAAAAAUUGUGUUCUUUGUCAUAGAAUAAAAAAAAAACAUAUAUAUCCAUAGGUUGUGAAAGGUGUAGCAGAUAGCUCAGACAAAAGAAGCAUUUUGUUUAAAAAUAAAAAUAAAAAAAGACAACACCACUGUUUAGACGUUCAUCUUUCAGAGGACACAGUGCCUUCAAAUGAAGAAAAAAACAACAAGAAUGCAAUUAUUUCCUCUGUUAUGCAGACCUCCUUGUGGUUUAGAGUCCGCUAGCUUUCCCUCUCUGUCUGUUCCAGAGAUGGCACCAUGGCGAUGGUUGCCAUGGCGAUGGUUUAUUUGGUUCUGAAGGCAACCAUGGCGAUGGUUUGGUCUGGUUCUGAAGUCCCCUAGCUAGUGGCUAACGGUGUCAGGGAAAGGGGUCUUUCAUGUGUCACUGUGGAUGAGAGCUUGGAAAGAUGGAUUUGCUCAGAGGAAGAGUUAAAAAAAGAAUAGACAUCAGGAAAGGUACAUGGGUGAGGAAUGCUUCAUGCACAACUCUUUAAAAAGAUGUCUUCAUAUUUGGUGGACAGUUGGGUUUUGCCAGUAUACGGUAGCUGUCCUGAAGGUGGGUGAGUCUGUGUGUAUUGACAAUGCAGGUCACCAGGAAAAAAACACUGCCCAGUAGUUACUCAGCCUCACCACCAGAUGGAGCUCUAGGAGACGGGUACCUCCUUCAGCCACAGUGAUGACGCUGUAUGCUUGAAUCAUCCUUCUCUCUUAUUGGCAGACUCAGUGACUGAUCUCUAAAAAUCUACUGUGAUUGGGCCAGCCAUCAAAUCCAGUCUGGAUGUCCAGCUGGUUAUGUCACUUGCCCUUCCAGAAGCCAUUGAAACAGGAUCUUCCUGAGCCGUGCCUGUUUAUGCAUGCAGUCCAUUCUACACCCGACCCUCCCUCUACUCUAGACGCCACACUGGUAGCACUGGUAGAUCUGUUUUAUAUUGAAAUAUGGUGAUCUGUCUGCACCAUACUAUUUGAAAUCUCUCUCUCUCUCUCUCUCUCUCUCCCUCUUCAUCUCUCUCUCUCUCACACACACACACAUCUUUUUAUUAUGCUCGGGGAGCUGCUAGUCUUUUAGCUGCCACUUUCUGCCGUUCUCCUCCAGUACCAUACUUGCGGGACCAGUCCUUCUGUGUGAGAGAACAUGACCACACACACACCCCCCUACCAUGUCACAGCAUCCUCCCCCCAGGGACCAAUCACACUCAGCGAAAAGCCACAGCCUCCACCCCCAGGGACCAAUCACACGCAGCGAAAAGCCACAGCAUCCUCACCCCAGUGACCAAUCACACGCAGCGAAAAGCCACAGCAUCCUCCCCCAUGGACCGAUCACACACCCCUACCAUGCCACAGCAUCCUCCCCCAUGGACCAAUCACACGCAGCAAAAAGCCACAGCAUCCUCCCCCAGGGACCAAUCACACACAGCGAAAAGCCACAGCCUCCUCCCCCAGGGACCAAUCACACGCAGCGAAAGGCCCGAGCGCUCAGACAGAGUGAGAGGCGAGAGGAGGACCGCCCCAAACUCCUCCUCCCUCUAAACUAAACUCACUAGUCCCUCAUGUGAGGUUGUUGCCAUGUCAACAAAAAAGUAUCCUGCUACUUUGAAACCAAUUACUAUACUUGACAGUCAAUGUUUGAGGACACAAAUGAUCCCUCCCUCCCCUCCCCUCUCAUGUCUGGGUAGUGUGCCGUGGAGGAGGCGUAUCUACAUUGUGUCCCGCUCUGGAACACAGCAAGAGCUUUCACCUCACGGCCGCCCACUUUCACUGACUUAGCAUUGCCACUCCAUCUACCCAUCUCAUCACACGUGCUCCAUGUCUAAGGCCUUCUCUCUUGGAAACGCAUUAUUACCGAGCUCCACUUCCAUCCUCCUCUCUUCUCCUCUCCUCUCUUCUCCUCCCCUCUCCUCCUCUGUCCUCUCCUCUCCUCCCCUCCCCUCCCCUCCCCUCCCCUCUCCUCUCCUCUCCUCUCCUCCCCUCUUCUCUCCUCUUCUCUCCUCCUCUCCUCUCCUCUCGUCUCACAUGUGUAUAUACUGAAUACUAACCCUGGUCAUCUGGGCCUUUGCCAUACUGUAAGACAUUUUUUGUGUUCAAUAAAGGUUACAAAAAUAA